GGGCAGAGGAUGUUAUAAAAGCAAGGCUUCUAGCUCCACCUAUAGACUCACUACUGCAUGCAAAUAUGCAGCUCUGCCGUGGUGCACAAAGCUACCAGCGUCCCACAAAGCAAAGCAAAAUUGUAUCGCAGAGGCAGUAUCGAGUCAAAGAGUGGGGCGGGUUCCAGGAACUCCGCGAAGUGAUUCACUCAGUAACAGGGGAAAUUCCCCAGACCAGGAGUGAAACCCUGAAGAAAGCUGCAGAAUUGCUGCGGCGGUUAUCGAGAGAACAUGAGGCAAUUUCCAAGCAUGAGCCACUCCCAUCCUUGGAAUUCUCAUCAGCAUCACCCUAUGAAAUUGACGAGGGGUCUCACACGUCUUAUGACCCUCUUGUAAUCCCCAACGAGAUGUGGACAAGUGCUACUGCACUAUGGACAAGGAACAAUAGCCCAGCGUCAGAUACAUCGGCGACGAGCUCGAUGCUAGAGUAUCAAGGCCAUCCUCAGGCAGAGAUUCACCAUGUCAUCGGUGGGGAUGACUGGAAUUUGGUUCAACCAACCCCUUUGCAAUUUCGACAGACCUCUUCCUCCGCGCAGUGGUCGCUUGUUCAAUCGGAAAUUGACCAAGUCCCAUACUAUCACGGGUGGGAGUAAAUUAGAUUACACCUCGGAAUUCGAGGAAUCCCUGAAUAUUCAUUUGUAGCGUAUAUCAC